UUGCGGUCCAGACCAGUUGCAUUUUAGCCCUUGAACCUGAUCUAAGACUAGCGCAUAUUUUAUUAUAUGACAUAAUAUUUAUUAUUACAAAAUACAUUAAAAACUUCAUUGAAGUUUGUGCAAUGUUAAAAAUAUUGAUCGUGUUUAUUACAAGUGCUUAUGUAGUUGGAUUGGUGGUAACCACGAACUUUAUGGAUAAAGAUUUUAAAUGUGAGAAGAUUGUAAACGGAUUAAAUUCUCAGUGCAACUGUCGUUGCGGGGAAAGGAACGAAAAUUCUCGCAUAGUUGAUGGUGUAAAGACUGCACAGAACGAAUUCCCAUGGGUUCUUCGUUUGACAUAUUUUGACAAGUUCUAUUGCGGUGGAAUGCUUAUCAACGAUAGAUAUGCAUUAACAGCGGCGCAUUGUGUUAUUUACCUUAUGUGGUUUAUGAUAAAAGUGACCCUUGGAGAGCAUAACCAUUGCAACGCUACUGUCCGUCCCGUAACGAGAUUUGUCGUCGAGGUCACCGCACACAAUUUCACGUACCGCAACUUCAGGGACGAUAUAGCUCUGUUGAAGAUGAAUGCACCUGUAGAAAUCAGCGAAGUCAUCAAACCUAUAUGCUUACCAUUUAACGAUGACAGUACGUAUGUGGAAACUCAAGCUUUUGCAUUUGGUUGGGGUACGACAUCUGAAAAGAAAAAUCACUCUUGUGAGCUAUUGGAGGUCGAAUUGCCCGUAUUAAGUAAUGAUGAUUGUAAAAAGACCAAGUACGAGGCCUCGAUGAUAGCUGACAGUAUGCUGUGCGCUGGAUACCCAGAUAAGGGCGGGAAGGAUACUUGUCAGGGUGAUAGUGGUGGACCUCUGUGUGUGGAAAGAAAAGACAAACGAUAUGAGCUUAUAGGAGUGGUAUCGUGGGGGAUCGGAUGUGCUCGCCCUGGUUAUCCUGGCGUGUAUACAAGAGUCACUAAGUAUCUCGAUUGGAUUCGAAAUAACGGAUGUGAUGGCUGCUUUUGUAAUGCAACCAUUACUCCUACUACACAUGAAAACUGAAAUAUAUAUUAAACAUAAUCAGGAAUUCUAAAGAUUAUCAUUAUAACGUAAUAACUUUAAACUGAGUAUUUUUUUUAUUAACUAUUAAUAAAUACAUCCCAUAUGUAAAUUGUUUGAUGUCGUUAUAAAAUAACAUGUAAGUUCAAAAAUGUAAGGUACAAUUUU